CCUUUUUAUUUUUCCUUCAUUAAAAUGACUGUCUCAUAUAACAACUAUCCCGAGAAUGUCGGUGUCUUGGCCAUGGAAAUGUAUUUCCCCAAGAGAUGUGUCAGUCAAACCGAGAUGGAGACUUUUGACGGUGUCAGCGCUGGUAAAUAUACCAUUGGUCUCGGUCAAGAAAAGAUGGCCUUCAUUGAUGAUCGUGAAGAUAUUCAAUCCGUCUGUUUGACAGCCGUGCAAAGUUUGAUGGAGAAGCACAACAUUGCCUACACUGACAUUGGCCGUCUCGAAGUGGGUACUGAGACCAUUAUUGACAAGUCCAAGUCCGUCAAGACCUGUUUAAUGACCUUAUUCACCGAACACGGUAACACUGAGAUUGAAGGUAUUGAUACUACUAAUGCUUGUUAUGGUGGUUUCGCUGCCUUCUCCAACGCUGUGAACUGGAUUGAGUCCUCUUCUUGGGAUGGUCGUUUUGCUAUUGUUGUUGCUGGUGAUCUUGCUCUUUAUGCCUCUGGUGCUGCUCGUCCUACUUCCGGUGCCGGUGUUGUUGCCAUGUUGAUUGGUAAGGAUGCUCCUAUUGUGGUUGAACGUGGUCUUCGUGGUACUCACAUGGAACAUGCCUAUGAUUUCUACAAGCCUGACAUGCAUUCUGAAUACCCCGUUGUUGACGGUAAAUUCUCAAACACUUGUUAUAUUCGUGCUUUCGACUCUUGUUACAACCGUUACAUGACUCGUUUAGCCAAGCAAGAAAACAAGGAGAAGCCUAGUAUGGAUGAUAUUGAUUAUGUUGUUUGUCACUCUCCUUAUGCCAAGUUGGUCAACAAGUCCUUUGCUCGUGCUUCUUAUAACGAUUUCCUCCGCGACAGUGACAAUGAAAAGUUUGCUUCCCUCAAGGCUUUUGAAGAGAUGUCUUAUGCUGAUUCUCUCGAGAACAAGGAUUUAGAAAGAGCCUUGAUGGGUUUAACUAAGGCUGGUUAUGCUCAAAAGGUUGGUCCUGCUGCCUAUGCUCCCAAGCAAAUCGGUAACAUGUACACUGCUGCUGUCUGGGCUGGUUUAGCUUCUCUUGUGUCUGAAGUUGAUUCCGAGACUCUCUUAAAUAAGCGUAUCAUGUUGUAUUCUUAUGGUUCUGGUUUAGCUGCUUCCAUGAUCUCAUUCCGUGUUCGUAGUUCCACUGAAGAAAUCAAGUCUAAGUUGAACCUCCGCCAACGUCUUGAUGAGCGUACCUUCACCAAGCCCGAAGAAUUCGCUGCUGCCAUGAAGAUUCGUGAAAACACUCACAAUGCUUGUGAUAUGGUUCCUACUGGUAGCCUUGACUCCAUUGCCACCGGUACCUACUACAUCGAAAAGAUCGAUGACAAGUGGAGACGUUUCUACAAGCGUAAGGAUUAAAUUUUUCUAUUUAUUUAUCUAAUAUUUCAUUCUCUCUCUCUUUUAAAUUUUUUGCAUCUCAUAUUUUAAUUAUUAAAAAAAAACUUAUUUUUUGUUCUAUAA